AUGCCGUCGAUCGAUCGAGGAUCAUGCAUCGACGACUGCUCCUGCAUCUUGUGUCGUGAGCUAACAGACUGCCAGAUGAUGGCCGCAAGCCUGGGAAGCCCGCAGUCCCGUCGUGGCGGUGUUAAUUUCAUUCUUCGCAGGGGUUUACCGUUCAGCAACAGAACCCCAUCGAAAGAAUGGCUGGAGACGGAUGAUCCUAGCUUCACAGGCUACGAGGACAGAACGACGUUGGAGGAGAAGAGUCGCGGGCCGGAAACGAAGAAGUCGAUGACACAGGUGGUCGGUAAUGGGCCACGGCGACCGGACAAAGACGUCGCUCAUAAGACGGUGAUUUACUUCGGUGACUCGAAUCAACGUCAGAAGGAGAACAAAUUAUGUCCGAAAGAUAUCACGCAGACCAAGGAGGAUUCCGGUGUGUUCGACUCGAGGAGGGACCAGGAGGACGAUCCAGAUUGCCUGGAGGACGAGAAACGUUUCGCCAGUCCCGUCGAAAGGCAACGCUCGACGGUCAGUCUUGUGGAGAACGAGGAUCCGAAGGUCACGCACGAAAUCGUGGUGAACGUCAGCCCGAGUAGGGAAGACGUGCUGAGGAUCGAGGAGGACGAGAGCCAGGUCGAGGACUAUUGGUCCUUGCCGGGGGACAACACCGGGUUCAAGGCGGACUGGAGCUUUGUACAGCAAUGGCGCCUGAGGGGGCCAGGGGGUAGCAAUGGCCGCGAUCUCUAUUGUCCCCCGUACACGAAAGACUUCACGGAGGGUUCGCCGAAAAAUGGCGUCCACAAUACGGUGCACAUGGUGGCCGAACGGGACACGGACAGCGUGGCUCCGACGCCAACCCCUCAACACCCCCAUCACUCUCAACACCAUCAUCUCAGCCUGCACGAGAUCAGAGCGCUUCAGAGGCGACCAGAAUGCACCGGUAACAGCUCGUCGGAUGAGAAUCGAUCGUCCGGACACGCGAGCAUGUCGGACACAGGCGGUCACACGAGCAGCAGCUCGCCGCCCCAUCGUCACCACAGGUCGCACAGUCCUCAGCAAUUGAACUCUGUGCCCGAGGACGAUCGUUUGUCGGCCUCGGUCACCCAGAGAAAUGGCCGAAGUAGAUCCGGACAAAACCGUAACAGACACAGGGCCACACCUGCCAAGCUGCAGGUGCCGUGGUCAGGAUCCGGUUUAGAAGACAUCAAACUGGCGAUCCAGCAGCUCACGAUGCGUUCCCAUAAGUCAUCGUCCACUUACUCCUCCUUGAGCGGCUCCGAGAGCUCGGAGCCGGCCGUAAGGAGGCUGAUGCGGCAUUCCAGCCUGGAGACUAUCAACACCAACGUGACCAGCGCCGAUGAAUUUGUCUGGGUGGACUCGCACAAUCGGCUGGUGGAGCUGCAACAGUUGCCCUGGACGCAUCACGAUGUACUGAGAGUGUUGCAGAACGGCCGUACCAGGGAGCACAUGGAGCAAGUCUCUAUGGAGACUAUACCGCGUUUGUCGUAUCUGUUGCAACGGGCCUUGGUCAGAAUUGGUCGUGAAACGCAGCGACUGGCCAAGCCUGUUGGCCUUUGCAGCAAACACGAGGUUUACAGCGCGUUUAAGAUUGUGCUUUGCCCCGCCUUGGCUGAUUCUUGCACCAAGGCCUGCUUACGAGCCGCUGCAAUGUUCGCCGUCUCCGGUGACCAAUUGAAGCAAUCUAAGGCGUCCCGAUCGGGACUGCAAUUACCAGUGGGACGAUUUCUCCGCUGGAUGUCCGACGUACGAUUAGGAAGAAUGAUACACGAGUACGCGGCGAUAUAUUUGACCGCGGGGAUUGAAAAUCUUCUUGAAGAAAUACUGUUGCAAUCCAUACCAACUGAUCCGCACACAACCUUAACGGCAACCAUGUUGGAGCAUGCUAUAGCAAACAGCGGUGAUUUAUGGGGUCUUCUUCAGCCGUACGCGCAUCUUAAUGCUGGUCGAACAGCAUCAGGUGCUCUGGCGAUGCCUCGUUGGGCCAGCGUAAGUUCCUUGAACUCGUCGUCGUCGUCGUCCCGCAGUGGAAGAGACGCAGCAGGCUCUGCGUUGGAACCAUCACUGCUAACCACCUGCGUAGGAUCAAUGUCGGAAUUAAUAGAUCUAAUCUCGAAAGUAGCCCAAGCGGGACGUUCGCCCAUUCCUCUAACCGGCAAGGCACUGAACGCCUUGUUCUAUUAUAUGAGGUGUUCACAGCUGGAGCACGGAGAACGGGGUUCCGGCAUACAAGAACUCGCGUACGAGCGAGCGUACGUUGUUCUUCCUCCACUGGUUGAAUGGCUUCGUGUCGCGACUGCUCAUGCAGAACAUAGGCACGGACUCGUUGUAGAUCAAGACGAUAUUAAUCAAGCUGCCAGAUUGUUGUUGCCCGGCGUAGACUGCCCCGUUAGACCGAUAUGCUUCGAAGAAGUCGCCGUCUGUUCGAAACGUAUCGAUGAUUCCGAGUACGUGCGUCUUCUCACUAUGGACAUGGCCUUUAAGAUGUUGAUCAGUGGACGGACCGAUCUUAUCGCCCAAGCUAUGCCUCUUUUACCUUCGACGAAAAUCAACACUGUGAAUGACAAUGGCUUCACUGCUCUGAUGAUAGCAUGUAUCAGUGGGGAUGAAACAGCUGUGCUAGCUUUACUAGAUGCUGGAGCGGAUUUGAACAUUGAGAGUCCACCUCCGCCGACUGGUCAAUCGGCGAACACACCCUCCAAGAUUCCAAUAACACCGGCCGUGUCAAAUACCAGAAACCCAGUGACGCCAUCUGCAAUGAUGUCCCCAGUAAAAAAUAUGCAAACACCAAAUUCAUUAUCUGGAUCGCCAGGGUCUUCCAGCAAUGCUUCCAGUAACGUGUACUGCAAUCAAACUGGAUUCAACGCUGAGACCCAACAUUGGACUGCUUUAACUUACACAGCCCUGUUGGGACAUUGCAACAUCGCGAGAAUAUUGUUAGAGAGAAGUGCUGCAGUCGAAGGUGGUGCUAAACUCAGCGAAGACAAAUGUACAGUCACACCAUUGCAAGCAGCCACAGCUUCUGGUAACAAUGAAAUGGUGGCACUACUUUUGGCCCAUGGCGCGCAACCAUUCUUGUCGACUUUGAUCAAAGAUUCAUUUUCGUAUUCUGGUUCUGCUCAACGUGGCUGUUACAGUGCGAUAUCGGUAGCUACAGCGCACGGACAGAGAAGUUGCCUUCACCAGUUGUUGUCUCAUCCGCUGAAUUUCUCGGCGAAACGAGGAGAAAAGGAAGUAUUGUCCUUGGAGGAAAUACUUGCCGAAGGAAGCGCAGUUUCUAGUCCACAGCAGCAGACUGUUGAUGCAAGAGGAAAUCGAAGGGAGGGUAAAGAGCCUGUUUUUAACAAGGUGCAGACUAAAGCCUUGCAGGAAGCUAUGUACCACAGUGCUGAAAGUAACCAUUUAGACAUCACAAUGGAACUUCGUGGACUAAAAGUGGGUUGGACGUUACACUGUUGGAUGCACAGUCUUGCAACUGCUCAUGAAAUGAGAUUGGAUUCGGUGAUAGAUCAGUUGCUUCAAGAUUUCCUUCAAGUGUGUCCAGAUGACUACUCAACGCAAUUCGUUCAAGAAUGUCUUCCUCUGUUAUUCAAUAUCUUUAGGUACAGUAAGAAGGAAGGGACAACGCUUCUUCUUGCUGAUAUCUUCUGUACGUGUUUUGGAUGGGAACCGAUAAAACCCAUUAGAGACACCACACUUUCAAGUGGAUCAAGGAUCGAUCCGAAAUUUGUAAAUAAUCCAGAACUGAGCGAUGUACAAUUUCGAGUAGAAGGCAGAGUUUUUUACGGCCACAAAAUCGUUCUGGUCACAUCGUCUCCAAGAUUUAGAAAUAUGUUAAGUUCGAAAUUGUGUGAAGGGAAUCCACCCAUUGUACAAAUUAAUGACAUUCGAUACCAUAUCUUUCAGAUGGUCAUGGAAUUUUUGUACCAUGGCGGAUGCGCCACAUUAGAGGUCAAUCAAAGUGAUGUAUUAGAGCUGAUGGCGGCAGCAAAUUUCUUCCAAUUGGAUGGCUUGCUUAGAUAUUGCGAGGCACAGUGUUCUUCGAUGGUCGAUCUCGACAACAUUGUCACCAUGUACAUUCAUGCAAAGGUAUAUAAUGCAACACAGCUCCUGGAAUAUUGUCAAGGAUUUCUGUUGCAAAACAUGGUAGCAUUGCUGACUUAUGACGACUCGGUGAAACGUCUACUCUUUGCUAAAAAGUUGCCGAAUCAUGACGUUCUCGCGGGCCUCCUUCUCACUUUACAAGCAAGAAUAAAGGCUAGGCGAUCUCAGCAACAGAAUAAGAUAAAGACUUAG